ACUGCCUCGCGUCCGAUGAUUGGUCCGAAGUUUCACAGUGGGCGUGGUCCUGUCAUAUAACGACACACAACAAGAGAACUCACCGCAACGUGCUUCCUUCGUCGUAUUAUUCCUCCAGGCUCCAUGUUCAGUGCGGUUGUGCUGCUGCUUGGCUGCCUGCUGCAGAUGAAACUAGUGACCACAGAGGGGCAUCGUGGGACCAACCGCCAUGUCUUCUAUGCAGUGCAAAUGGACGGAGGCAUCAGUGCCGCCAGGGCUCUGGCCCAGCAGCACGGACUGGAGUUCAUACAACAGGUUGGCAGCCUGGAAGGUCUGUACACCCUCAGAGACAGCAGGGGGCGCAAUGACAGAGCCACCUUUGAGAACAGACUUUCGACCACAUUAGGGGUUCACCGGGUGCAGAGGCAGCACAGUCAUCAUAGAGACAAGCGGGUUCCUGUGACAGGGCUGGACCACAGUACCACUCGCAGUUCCCAGAGGAGAGAGUCUGCAACUGACAGGCAGCCUGAGGAGAAUGAGAGUGACCAGUCCCUCACCUUCAAUGACCCGCUCUGGCCCAUGCAGUGGGAACUGUUUGCACAGGGCGAGUACAUCUCCAGUGGCUUUGACCUGAACGUGAUGCCAGUUUGGAGCAACAACAUCACUGGGAAUGGAGUAGUGGUCAGCAUCAUUGAUGAUGGUGUAGAUCACACAAACAAGGACCUGAAGAAAAACUUUGAGGCUCUCGCCAGUUUUGACCUGCGUUCUUCACACGGCCUGUCUCAUGAUCCCAUGCCUGUCAGAGAUGAGGAGAAUAGUCACGGUACCCGAUGUGCAGGGGAAGUUGCCAUGGAGGCCAACAACUCCUACUGCGGUGUGGGCAUCGCCUUCAAUGCCAGGAUCGGAGGUAUCCGCCUGUUGGACGGCUCCGUCACUGAUGCCAUGGAGGCCACAGCUCUGACCUUCAACAUCCCCUUCAUAGACAUCUACGUCUGCAGUUGGGGCCCGCGGGACAACGGGGCCGCGAUGGACGGGCCGCACAGCCUGACAGCGCAAGCCCUUCGGCUAGGAACUCACAAGGGCCGAGGUGGGAAGGGCAGCGUCUUUGUGUGGGCGGCAGGUAAUGGUGGAAUGCAGCGUGACCACUGCGGUGCCGACGGUUAUGUUAACUCCAUCUACACCAUUGCCAUCGGCGCUGUCUCUCAAACAGGGAAGCCCACCUUCUUCGGCGAGCCUUGCCCCGGUGUGAUGGCCGUCACUCUGACAGGGGCCGGCAUGGGAGGCCCACUACCUCUGGUCACUGUGACCAACAUCGAUGAUGGCUGUGUAACACACUUUCCAGGAACAUCCAGUGCAGCGCCGAUCGCUGCAGGGAUUCUGGCUCUUGCAUUAGAAGUAAAUCCUGAGCUGACGUGGAGGGAUGUUCAGCAUCUGAUCGCCAAGACAGCAAAGAUCCCCGACCCCAAAGAGCCUGGAUGGAACAUCAACGCAGCAGGAUACCAUGUUCACCAUAGGUAUGGUUUUGGAUUGUUGGAUGCAGGGCUGUUGGUGCAGCAGGCCACACGCUUCAACACUGUUGCUCCACAGAGGAAGUGCAUGCAAGAAGUCACACUCCAUCCUAGCAGGAUCAUUUCUCCAGGAGGUGUGGUCAGUGUGAACAUCCAAUCAGAUGCCUGCCGUUGGAGGACUAAUGAGAUCAACACUCUGGAGCACGUUCAGGUGAAAGUGAGCAUCAGCACCGUGUGUCGUGGUGACCUCUCCAUAAGCCUGGAGUCUCCAGCCGGCACUGUGUCACUGCUGUUGGACACGCGGCCCAAUGACGCCUCCACGGCUGGCCUGAAAAACUGGACCCUGAUGACGGUGCACUGCUGGGGGGAGCAACCACGAGGCCUCUGGACCCUCCAGGUGACUGACCACAAAGGCACAGUGAGGAGCUGUAUGAGGCCGAGUGACGAGGAGGCAUCUGGAGCCUGGCUCCGUAAAGUUACACUCAUCCUCUAUGGCACCCACCACCCACACAGGACCACGCACGAGGGACCCCUGCAGAGCAUUGUGUCCAUGGGGUCGCGUCACCCUGUCCCUCACAGGGGGGUGUACCACAGGGACCGUUACCAACCUCUGGAUCUGAUUCAAUGGGUCUACCAAAUGGAGAGAGACAGGAAGGUGCGGGCUGCUGAUAUCACUGUGCCAGCCAGACACAAGAUGUUGAAGAUUCCUGGAGACUUAAUGUUGGAUAAGCAGACCCUCAACAAGCCCCUAAAGUCCAGAAUGGCUUUCCAGUUACACCCGACAAAUGUUGGACAGAAGUCCUCCACAGGGUCAGGACCCUGUGCUGUGAAGGUGCUUCAUGAGACAAAGACCAUCAGGGAUAAUGUGGACGGAGACAACAGGUCCGUACCGUCACAGCUUCUCCAGGAUGUCGCCAACAGUCAGACUCUUCAGAUCCAGCAGGAGGAGAACGUGUGAACUGGAAGGCACAGGGCGGCAGGCAAGGAACUGAAGAAACAAACACAGUGUGAACCACGGUUAAAUAAAGAUGUUAUUUUCCACAGUGCAGCAAGCCAAUUGAUCAUGAAUCAAUUCAAUGUACAGUGCUAUGACUGUGCGGCCUCAGUGUCGGCACUCAUUAUUUAUUUGGAUUCCUAGCUUGGCUUUAAAGUUAAUCACUCUCCACAGAAACACGCGCAAACAUAUCAAUCUUUCCCCUAAAAAACAAAUAGUCUCAGAAGUGGGUCUCUACACUCAUCUUCCCCUCUUUCCUUUUCGGAUGUUGCAAAGGUUGGUGAAAGAUAUGUUUGUCUUUUUCCACUUCAUUGAAGGGUGAAUUCAGCUCAGUGCAAUAAGAAAUGGAUUACCCAUUCAUUAAAGGGGCUGUGUCACUCCUCAUUGAGUUGGACAAAUAGCAAAUUAAUUUCUAGCCGCCUAAUUUCUCUCUGUUCUCCACUGAAUUUCCGAUAACGUCGAAUUACUGAUCACAGCCAUGUGAACUCCCUCAACUUUUUAUCAAUUCAUUAAAAAAUGUGCCACAGCGGAGAGAUGCCACAGAGGGAAUUCUCUCUCUUAUUUCUGCAUGCUUCCGUUACCACCACAACCCUGUGUACAAACAGAAAUCAACUCAAGGGUUUAAUUGAAAUUAGGAUAUUAAAAACACCAGAAACCGUUACAGACAGUGUUGGGGGGAGGGGGAGAGUUACUUUGUUGCCAUUUCAGAAUCAGCCAGAAACUUUUUUACCAGGGCAUCCCAUAAUGAAACAAAGAAAGUCCGUUUUUCCAAGUCAAGUGCAGGUCUGUAGGUAAUGGUGUUUUGUGAAGUAGCAGUAGUGUAUUGACAGGGCGGUAUUGAUGUUUCAAUUAGAGCAGCGUUACAUAGUGCCGCAGCAUGGUAACACGGUGCGUCUCCUGCCAUCUGCUAUGCCUCCACGUCUGACGAACGAGGCACGUGGGGCUAAUCGAGCCGCACAUGAGCAAUGGGACCGCGAGAUCUAUCACACACACACACACACACACACACACACACACACACACUUAUCCUAUACGCACGUCCUUAUGCAGAAAAAUGGGGGGAAAGACGAGGGAGAGCUCCUCAGCCCUGCUGUUUAGACAGCCUUCAGAAAGCAUGUGAUUCCUCCCCUUCUCCCUUCACAUGAGCCACAGGAGCAGCCAGCAGGUUAUUUCCCUGACAAGGAAACCAGCAAACACGCCAGAUGCACACGUUAAAAUUCUUCAAAAGCUCAUCUGAUGGGGAAAGACAAAAAAAAAAAAAAA